AUGAAUCGCCUAAUACUAGCCGUUGGCGCCCUCUGUCUGCUGCAGGGAGCCUUGGGCGAUCCGCGGCCAGAUUUCGGCGUUCUGCCGACUAUUCCUGUUAGUGCUACAGUGAACAUGUCAUUCGCAGAAGUAUUCGUAGAAGUCAACCUUAUCACCAAUCUGAACAUAAACGCCACGUUGCAGAUCAGCAAUGUCAAGCUGCAAGCCGUCUAUAACAUGCUCAAAAAAGUUCUUAACCAAACCACCACCCUGUCAUCAGCGUUUAAGUACAAUGAGCUGUUCACCGUAAACAAUGGAACGACGCUAGCGUUCACUAACAUUCUUACACCGAUCGACAACAUGGUAUUCUACAUCCAGAAUACCUCGCUAACCGAUGUGAUUGCCCCCCUGAACACAACGACUCAAUACCAAGGCAUUAUUGACGAGCUGCUUGAUGAAUUCGGACGUCUUGCCUUGGGUUUGGUUCAACAGAAGGCUGAGCUGCUAGCAGUAAAGGCAAGUUUGGAUAGUGCCGUAGCAGCCAACGGAAACAGCACGACUCUAACAGCUACCCAGUUGGCCACCUAUCUUAAAUCUGCGGCCGUGUACAAGCUGGUGCGUGCCACCAACCGCGUGAGGGCGUACUUGCCGGUCAUCACCUACUCCCUCGAAACAAUCUAUGAAAAUCUUAUUGAAGCCGACAAUUUUAUCGACUUCCUGCAAGCAGAAGUAGAUGCUAUCGCGAGCGGCAAUGCCACUGAUUAUGGCGCUGCUUACAAGGUUAGCUCGGACGCUGUUGAACUGAAGGUUUCGACAGGUAUUACUGCGAGCCUGAACGUGUCAGUGAAUCUUAACACCACACUCAGCGCUAUUACUAAUUUCACGGCAACCGCCAACGCGAGUACCAUUUUAACCCAACUCAAUACGUUGGCUGGGAAAAAUACGUCUGCUCUGGCUGCUACUCUGACGACCGAAUUCAACAAUACAGUGGUCGCGCUUAGGAACCUCGUUGCCUCCAACUCUCGUGCUGUGAACGUCACUACUGAUCCAAACAUUCAAACGCUGAUCGACGUUCUGCUGGGCAACAACAAAGGCUACGGUCGCUACUGUUACCACAAGUACAAUGCACUCAUGGCUGGUCUCUUCGAAAACGGUAUGGAGGCCGGUUUCGAGUGUACAGACAAGGAGGCCGAACGUCUGAGGAAUCUGCAGGAUAUCAUCACUGCACUCCUGGUGCAGAUCGGAUACGACACCGAUGAGGUCACCGCUCAAAUUACUCUGUGCGCCGCCCUACCAACUGCUCAGGCCAACUCAUGUGUAGCAUCGGUUGCCGGCUACUACGUCGACCUGUUCACCGCCACAUCGCAAAAGAUCGAUGCCCUGUACUCGUUCGUGACGAAGGAAGCCGUCGCCAGUAGGAACCGCCUGCUGCUCUGCUUCCGCCUGGUGAACAUCGCGCUAGGCGGCGGUGAUGCUUCACUAAUCGCCAACAAUGUGCUAGCUUGUUCCAGGGAUGGUCCCGCCGGAACCCUUGAGUAAGGUCAGCGGCACUAGAUCCUAGGACUUCCGAUCUGAAUAAAACCAACUCCAUAUUAC